AUGUUCACCGCUACUCUCAAUGGUCUAAGUGCGCUAAGCACCAAUGGACACGCUCCAGUCCCAGCGAACGGUGAUGCCCAUCUCCGCGCAACCGUCCCAGCCGACACGUCCCAAUCCGUGAUCAUCGUCGGUGCUGGUCCCGUGGGCCUGCUCGUCGCACUCCGGAUGGCGAUGCUCCAUGUACCGGUGACGAUACUCGAGCAAGAGGCAGCGCUGAAUACCAGCCCGAGGGCGGCGUACUACAGCCGUCCUGCGGUAGUGGAGCUCAAGAAGGCGGGGCUGAUCGAUGAGUGCAGAGAGGAGGGGCUUAUGGUCGGGAGCGUCCGCUGGCAAACCCUCGAUGGACGCACGAUCACUGGCUUGCCUAACCGCGACUUGGGCGACGACGACCGCGCGGUCUGCAUUGACCAGCACCGUCUUGGACUCAUCAUCUGCAAACACCUGGCGGUAUAUGGCGACAACGUCAAGUUGCUAUGGAACCAUAAGGUUACCGCGCUCUCCCCGGAUGAGAACGCAGCGAGCGUGGAGGUGGAGUCGCCGGAGGGGACGAAGACAUUUACUGCAAAUUGGGUCGUGGGUGCUGAUGGUGCAGCAAGCACCGUGAGGAAGCUCUUGGAUCUGCCGUUUGAAGGCCACACGUGGGAGGAACCGGUCGUAGCGACCAACGUCGUUUUCCCCUUUGAAAAAUACGGCAUGUGGGACUCGAACUUCAUCGUCGACCCCGAGCACUGGGCGCUCAUCGCCCGCGUCGCUAAGGGCGGGGUUUGGCGUUGCUCCUACGGGGAGGUACCCGGGCUGACGAGGGAAGAGUACAUCGCUCGCCAGCCGAUGAAGUACGACGCUAUGUUCCCCAAGGGAGCACCAAGGCCGCUGCAAUAUGAUUUGCAGAUGAUCAGCCCGUACAAGCUGCAUCAGAGGUGUGCAACGACAUUCAGAGUCGGAAGAGUGUGUUUGGCAGGCGACGCAGCGCAUGUGUGCAAUCCAUUCGGUGGGAUGGGACUCGUCGGUGGUCUGUGUGACGGCGGUGGACUGGCCGACUGCCUCGAAGGCAUCCUCACGGGCCAAGCGUCCCCCUCGAUCCUGGACGACUACUCGCGGAUCCGCAAGCAGAUCUGGCAGGACAUUAUCAACCCCGUGUCGUCGCGGAACAAAGUGCGUCUGCAUACUGAGGAUCCCGAGAAGAUUGGGGAGAACGACCCGCUACUCAAGGAGAUGUGCCUUGCUAUGGCAGGGGAUGAGCAGACGCAGAAGACGUACUUGAACGCUGGGCUUGAGGCGAUCAUGGGCAUCCAGUUCGAUUUCACGACGCUCUGGGAUACGCCAAAGACGGUGUAGAUAUAGUUUGCCACGAAUGAAGUUAUUGUACACUUUGUUGUUGUGUCGAUAGACUUCUCGAGGCGGUGCGACCAUGCUGGCACCCCAGCCGUCUUUGCCUUCGACGACGACCUCAAUAC